GGGGGAGUGAUACCGCCCCAAAUCCGCCCAUUGCCAUCCCCAGCUCCAACUACUUAUCUUCUUUGCACAUAUACGUACAGACCCAGCGUUAGGUGUGGGUUUGCACCAAGUACACUUCAUAGAAUCAAUUGCGCUCCGGACUUUUAUAUAUAUUCCCGCCGCUAGCUCCUACCGGUCGCCAUUUUGGCCCAACUCAGAAAAAUGGUGAGAACUGUGAAGAGUCAUCACGAAGGGGAUGAAGAUGACGACUUGGAUUUUUCUUCCAGAGCUCUUGAUGAUUCCUCCGAGAAGGUUACAAUGGAUGGGAGGAGCAGUGAUCAGAAGACGAAUACACUUCGGUCCAAGCACUCUGAGACAGAGCAGCGAAGGAGGAGCAAAAUCAACGAGAGAUUCCAAACAUUGAGGGAUCUCAUACCUGAGAAUGAUCAGAAGAGAGACAAAGCUUCGUUCUUGCUGGAGGUUAUUCAGUAUAUUCAGUUUUUAAAAGAGAAAAUACAGAUGUAUGAAGGAGCAAGCCAAGAUUGGAGUCCAGAGCCCUCAAAGUUGAUGCCAUGGAGAAGAAGCUCUUCUGGCCCUCCCCAAAUCUUCACAGAACAGUCCCAUCUGAUCAGGAGUGGCUCUGCUCAUGAAGACAAUAUUGUUGUGGACUCUAUAUUACUUCCUAAUAACACACGUGACUCUGUAGAAUCUGGCAUGAAUGGGGAAGCUGGCUAUAAAAUAAUGGAUGAACACCACCGUGAAGUAAUAAAUGAAGUUAUCCCUUACAACAUGCCUGUACAGCCAAGUUUAUUCGAUGGUAUAUCGAUCCAACCCUCUCACGGAUCUUCUACCUACACUGAUCAGUUGGCUUCUGAGGCACAACUGUUUGAAUGGUCUGAUAAACCGCAUAAGAUACAAUCUGAAGACCUAAUCUUUGAUCAGAAUGACAGGGAUGAGCUGAAAAACAAAUGCAGGGAUGACAGUUCUCCAAAUGACUACUCUCAGAGGUUGUUGAAUACCCUAAACCAGACACUGGCAUCUAUGGGAGUUGAUAUGUCACAGGCAAAUAUUUCAGUUGAACUUGAUGUUGGUAAUUAUACAAGCAGCAGAACUGCCGUUUCUGCAUUUAAUGGUUGCGAGAAUUAUGACCAUGCUCAUAAAAAGCUCAGAAGAUAGCAGUUAAUUAGGAGUUCUGGUCUUACCAUUGAAAAGGCGCACCUUAGUCUCCUGCAUCUCACAAUUUUCCCAGGCAGACAAUUGAGGUGACCUGGAACUUGUUUGACCACUAAACCCUAACAUUUUUUCCGUAUCCCUGAAAGACCUCCCUCUGUAUCACUCUGUGCUAUGCCCAAACCAUGGCUUGGAUUUGUUAUUCCGAAAGAAGAAGACAGGGAAAAGUGUGAAGAAUGAGCCACAGUUUCCCUUUCAAAUUCGAGGGUGAGAAGCCCGAUGAAACUCGAAAGAAGAAAGAGGAAGAAUAAGAUGGAUCAGAGGAGACUCAAGAUGAUUUUAAUUGGACAUGUUGCAUACUUUCAGUCCCAUAUCAACAGACUGGACUGCAACAGUUGUAAAAUACACAUAGAACAAACAUCUACAAGACUAAACUUAAACAAACAAACCAGAUCAUCAGACCAGACCAGAUAAUUUUAGUCCGAUUAAAAGCAUCCUUGAUUUGUUUUGUAAUGGGGGUAAUGAUGAUGAUUUUUUUGGCGGUGAUGAAUUGAAUGGAGUUGCUUUGCUGGCCAUUCUUCUUCAUUCUCCUUUCUUCCCAAUUGGGUCUUCUUGACCCGUCUUACUUCAUGUUUCUGCAAAUGAAGAAUCUCUCCAGAUUGAGAGUGUCCAACUUUACUAAUUAUUGGGAUUUCACUAAUGGAGCACCUCGUCAAUUACCUGGAAUUUGUCGCAGCAGCAAUGGGAGGAAAAGAUAGACGCUAUCGGGAAGACAAAAGAAGAAGAAAGAAGAUGCACCUGUGCAGCACAGACGCGAUAGGGAGGAGAAAAGAAAAGAUAAAGGAAAUAAUAGCAGGAUGGUAGGACCAAUCAAACAAGCCAUGUGAUCAAGUGACCUGUUGAAGUGAUUUAUUCAGGUCACCCGUACGUUUUUAGAAGAUGCUUUAUACUCCGCGUAUUGAAAAUAGACAUAUUUGAGAAUUCUGGGACUGUCCACAGUUGGGAUUAUUCUUCCUGUGAAUUUUUCCUUUAUAAAUGAUGUAGAAAAGCUAGACUUGUGUUUUAUGAUCCACCUUAGUUUUUG